AUUGUGGCUGCGCUGCAGCUUUCUUGACAUCGACGCCCUGAAGGGUUCACCUCAAUCCCGUUUAAAAAUGGGCGAAUCAAUAUAUCAAGCUUAUGAAGAUGAGAUUGAAUGCCUCCAGGAAGAAAUUAAAAUUUUGGAGCAAAAGGCCAAAGAGACUCAGAUUUAUUCUCAAGAGUUUCUGAAAACCAUGCAUUUGCAAAAAGAAAUGUUUGAUGUGCAAAAUCCUGAAUCGUGGAAAUACUCAACUACUGAUCUGGGAGCACAAAUUGAACAGACUGAAUCUCAGAUUGCAUUGCUAACCCAGUUAACUGGCAUUGGCUUCAGUCAACAUACCGUAACGACAGUCAGUGAAGGUAACAACAAAACAAAGCAGUGCAGAUUGUCAGGCUGCAGCCAUUCACUGCAUUUUGAGCUUGAAUUUGAAUUAACUGAGAUUCAGACAGAAAAAGAUGUAAUUACGACUGUUACUGAUCUGAACAUCAUUUUGGAAUUAAACGACGUUUAUAAUUUGAGCACAUUUAUUUCCAGAACUGAAGAAAGGAAGAACCUCCUGAUGUUUUUCAGAACUUUUUCAAUCUUUGCAAAAUGGUAUGAAUAUCGCCAAGUUACUUUCAGACAUUUCAAGGAGAAAUACCCUCAAGUUGUAAGGCUUCCAGAAGGAUCAAGUGGGGAAUAUAUGGUCCUUAAAUGCUCCAAACUUACUGGGAUUGAACUCAAGAUUUUCUGGAAAAUACUUGUAAGCGAAGAAGGAGUUGUUACUCCAGUAUUGGAUCUCCUGACAAAAAUACCAACAGAGGCACUCUACUUCGAUACAGGAAAGAUCAUGGACAAUGCACCCAACAGCUUUAGAUGUCUAUUACGUCUCCAUGGAAUAGAAGCUGCCAUUGAGUGCUUAAUUGAACUGUGCAAGGAACCCUAAACUAUCUCCUCUAAGCUAUGCAGCUGUGCAUCAGAACAAAGAUAAUAAUACUUUAUUGUCUGUAAAUACAUAUAACAAAACGUGUAUGUGCAAAUAAAGACUCGUGCAAAUAAA